CUGGCGAGCCAGGGGGAAUCGCAGAGUCGCGACAGUCUGUCCAACCCGUCUCCGUCAACAUCUUCAGAAGUGUAUAAGAUAAAGUUUAUAUUUCCAAAUGGCGACAAGUACGGUGCCUUAGAAACCCGAGGAAUCUGUCUUCCAUCCCCGGCCCUUCGUUAGUCCCAGGGAGCCGGAAAACAAAGACCAAGCAAAACCCCCACACGGGGUGGGGAGGCGGUUGUGAAUAGGCUUCUACAUAACGGGGUGGGGAGGCGGUUGUGAAUAGGCUUCUACAUAACUGUUACGUCGACCUAGUCCACGCUGCCCAUCUCAAAGCUCCAGGUCCCCUUCCUCGUUAGAUGGUGAGUGCAUCAGAACAGCUUCUGGGAUCUAUGAGAGGAAUGGGGCAGGCGUCCACAGCACUCCUAACGGAAUUGUCUACACGGGAAGCUGGAAAGAUGACAAGAUGAAUGGCUUUGGAAGACUUGAGCAUUUUUCAGGAGCCGUGUAUGAAGGACAAUUUAAGAACAAUAUGUUUCAUGGACUGGGGACUUACACAUUCCCAACUGGGGCAAAGUACACUGGAAAUUUCAAUGAAAAUAGGGUGGAAGGUGAGGGGGAGUACACUGAUAUCCAAGGCCUGCAGUGGAGUGGCAACUUCCACUUCACAGCAGCUCCCGGCCUGAGACUAAAGCUCUACAUGUAGACCUGCUGCCUUAAUGCCGCCGUGCGGCCACCGCAACUCCCCUGC